AUGGAAUUAAAUGAUAUUGUAUCUGAAGUUAUUACCAAGUGUAAUAUUGUUGAACAACAAACCAUUUUAAAUGAAGAAAAAUCGCACUCGUGCAAUGAAUCUCUCUGUUCUGAAAAUCUUGAUAUCAAGAGUUUCGACGAAAAAGAUAAUGAAUUACAACUAAAUGGCCAUCGAUUUUCUGCUUUGCUCUGUGAUGAUUUUAAAAAUCAAAACGAAGUAUUUACCAAAUCGGUAGAUUCAAACUCCUUGGUAGAUGUGUCGGAUGAGAACUAUGAAUUUCUCAAAUCGAAUAAUCUGAUAACACAACGUGCUAAUAAUGUUGCACAAAAUGAUUGCAACACUAGUGAAUCCGUUGCGACACAAUCUACGCAUAGUUCACAUGCUGAUGAGUCUGAUGAUCCUUCUGUGAGGCAGUCUAAUGCUUUUGAUCAAAAUAACUCAUUAUCAGAGUAUCCUACAAGACAGCAAAAUGGUGAGACAGAUCAAAUUAGAAUUGUGGAAAAUUUAAAAGAAAUAACAGAUCCUAACAAAUUAUGUCCUGAAAUUUCCGAGGAAUAUGAAUCUUCUUUGUUGGAAAAUAAGGGAGAACGCACUCAAACCAGUUCUGCUUCGAAUAAAUCUAAUGAACAUUCCCCGAAAAUCUCUCUUGUUGAUUCGCCUUCAUUUUCAAAUUUUUCGAAAUUUGAUGAAUCUUGUGGGAAUGUCAACAUUAAUGAUGAGAAGAAUUCCGCAAUUCUUCAAUCGAUUCAAAGCGGGGAAGACUCAGAAGAUUCAAAACCGGAUAUUCCUGAAUCUCCAGAUACAGAUUCAGCCUCAAACAAAUCAUCAGUUGUAGAUUUAGAGCCCUUGAGUGAAAUUGAUUUCCUUCGAAAUAAAGUAAGUGAUCUAACUGAAAAGUUACUACGAUCACAAGAACAAAUGGAAACCUUGUUGGAAGAGAAGCAGAAGUGGUUGUCAACUCGUCCAUUGCCGCAACAGAAGGUGCCACCAUCGAAUCAGAAAAACAAUGUUUCAUCUGAUAUGGCUGCUUUUGUUGUUAAGUUUGCUCAGUCAGAGCAACAACGAAUGAAAGCCGAGAAUAGAAUACAGGAGUUAGAAGCGAUGAUUUCUCGAACAAUGCCCAUUGAAUUGAAUUCAUCUUUUUCUGCUGACAAGUCUGGGCCAAUGACUGAAUUAAAUAAGGCUCUGUCAGAGGCCAGAGAACGGGCUGAGAAUCUGCGGCAUUCUUUAAAGCAAGAACAGGCGCGAGUAAGCGAUUUGAAUUCGAAAUUGACUGCAACUCGUGAGGCACAUCGAAGUGAACAGAAGAGAGCUGCUGGACAAGUGGAAGUUAUCAAUAAACUCUCUCGGGAUGUUGAUCAGCUCAAAAGGCAGCUUAAAGAUAUGGAAAAAAUCCGUGAGCGUGAAGCCAAACGCCUUUGUGACGAGAUGACUCUUCAAGAGACAACAGAGAAGUACAAAAAAGCCUUGACCGAAAUCACAAACCUGAAGGAUCGCAUUUCUGAAUUGGAAAAAGUCCAAGAGUCAAAAGCUGAGCUUGAAACUGAAUACGAAGAGCUUAAACGGGCCCACGACAAUCUAGUCUCAGUGCGAGAUGAGAUGACCAGAUGUGUGGAGCGUGAAACUCAGCUCUCUGAAUUUACUCGUCGCCUAACAGAACGCACUGCUGGUCUCCAAUCAGCACACUUGGCAGCUCAAGAGCGAUUGGCUGCGAGCGAGAAAGCUGUUUCAGAGGCCUCUCGCGCUGCUAAUGAAGCUACAGAACUCCUCCAAGCCACAGAAGCUCGGGCUCGAAACGAACGCGCUGAGGCUGCUGCUACCAUCGAGCAACUUGAAGCGAAGAUUUCCAAGUUGACAGAAUCCGAAGCUUUCCUGAAGUCUGAAUUGACACGGGAAAAGGUUGAAAAGGCCGCCCUUAAACGCAAACAACAUGGUCUUGAUCGUGAGUUAGCACGCCUUAUGACUCAGCAACGAAAGCUAUCCAUUCAAGAACUCCGUCAGCAGUCUUCACAGAAAUUAGACAACAUGUCAGAGAAAACAUCCAUGGGUUCAAAUCUCAGUCUUUCUGUUGUUCCUGAUGAGAAAAUACCACCUUUUCCGGAUUCUUGUCAUACCCCUGAAGCUGUUCAAAAUUCUACUCAAGCCCCACCUCUCGGCGAUGCUCUAGUUUCGUCGACGGAAAAUACAAGAUUAGCUUCUCUCCCCGAUGAGACGUCUUCCAUAUUCUCUCCUGAGGUGCAAACUCGGGAGCCAAAUAGGAAUCUUCUAUUAAAUAAAAUUGAUCGACUUCAGAAGACUAAUAUGCGGCUGAUGGAUAAAAUUGAUUUUAUGCAUGAGCAUAUUGGCCAGUUAACACAUGAGUUGCAAAAGAAAACGAAAAUUUUACAGAAUUGUCUUUCUCGAGAAGCGGAGAAUGAGGGAGCAGCAGUGCCCACCGCUGUGGACGCAAACAAACGACAGAGAAUACGAAGAGGUGGCACUUUGAUGGCUGCGGUAUUUUCUGGUGAUGCUUCCGCGCCAGCCUCUGACCUACGCACCUCUCUUCAACUCAAUAACAAACUUCAGUCGGUGCUUGAAGAUACUCUCUACAAGAAUCUCACUCUUAAGGAAAACGUCGACACCUUGGCAGACGAGAUCGCCCGACUAAAACGAGCCAACUCAGAGUUAAAAGAUCUCGUUUCCUCACAACACUUGGAAGAAGCCACUCCUCAAAAACGUUGCCUUGUCCAUUCCACUCCCUCUAAAAGUAACUAA